AUGGCGUUUUCACAGUCAAUAGGGAAAGCACAGACUCCAGCUCUGUGUCAGUUCUGUGAAGAAUCACAAGAAAUUAAGUGGAAGUGUAUAAACUGUGAACUAUUUCUUUGUCAACUAUGCUGUUCAAAGAUACAUAGUAAAAUCAAGGCAUCUAUGGAACAUGAAAUUAUAAAUGUAAAAGAUUUUGAAAUGGUAGAUUUUGCCACUUCAAUGCGGAAAGUUGACCUUGAAAACAUGGUAUGUACAAUCCAUGACAAACAGAAAUGUUUUGUUUUCUGUAAAGACUGCAGUGUGCCGUCUUGUUCUAAAUGUUUAAUGGAGACUCAUAAAUUGCAUGACUAUAAAGACCUUGAUGAAGAGUAUAAAGAAAUAUUCUCUGAAAUGGAAGAACUAAUAAAACAAUUUGAAGCCAAUCUAAAAUUCAUUAGUAAUGAAAAGAAAUACUUGCAAGAAAAGCUUUCUGAUGGUGAUGACAAUUUCAAAGAAACAAGGGAUUUAAUUCUGCAAACAGAGAAAAAAAUGAAAGACUUUAUUUCAAAACAUGCUAAAGACCUAUUACAAGAACUUGAGGCAAAAUGGAAGCAAACUGAAAAUAUCAUAAAAAGAGAACUUUCAGCCAUCACAAAAAAUGAAGAGGAGAUUAAGACCAGGAAGAAAAAUCUAUACCAAGCUCUGCAGUCUCAUCAAGCCAUUGACAUUUUCUCUACAAGUAAAACUUUAGAAAAGUUAUUGCCACAUUAUUCAGUUAAAAAAAUCAAAGAAAAUAAAACAAAGUUUAUUCCCACAAAUAUGGAAGUGAAAAAAGGAAGUCAGUCAGUGUUAGGCGACAUUUAUACAAUUCUGGACUUGGAAUUAAUAAACACUUAUCCGAGUGAUCUUGAAAAUGUGACAAACAUAGUAUUCUGCAGUGACAAAACAGCAGCUAUAGGAAGCCUCAAUAGUUCAAAAAUACAAAAUAAAAUUUGA